GCGUCGUCCAAACAGGGCAAUAUUUUACUGCAGCAUCAAAACAGUGCUUCUCCACCAAGCGCGAGCUCACAAGAAGAGUCCCUGCAGAUGAAAACAUGAAUCUCUAAGCACCAUCAGUGUGAGAAGGCAAAGGGAUUAUCAGGAACGUAAUUUCUGAGAAUUAUUAUAUUUUAGAUUGUUAUGAAAGUGUAAAAGAUUUUUCAACCAAUCCUUCUUUUCUGGAGAAUCAAUUAUCCAAGAAAACUAGCUGCUGAAGAUCUUCAAGAUUGCGUUUUCACGACGAAGCGUCAAAAUAAGCUCACGUUGAAGAUGAACAUCCAAAACAGCAGUUAUUUAGACAGACCUGAAGGCAACAAAGACUUGGAUGCACCUGAAAAACCUUUAUUUGGCAUAGGCAACGACAACUUCGUAACGCUUCUGAUCUUUGGAAUAAUUUUUAUUCUAGGCGUCCUGGGAAACUCUCUGGUUAUUACUGUUCUGGCUCAACGCAAACCUGGACAACAACGAAGCACCACCAACAUAUUCAUCCUCAAUCUCAGUGUGGCAGAUCUGUCCUAUCUGCUCUUCUGCAUCCCCUUUCAGUCAACAGUUUAUAUGCUGCCCACGUGGAACCUGGGUGCCUUUAUCUGCAAGUUCAUCCACUACUUUUUCACCGUGUCCAUGUUGGUGAGCAUCUUCACUUUAUCAGCCAUGUCGGUAGACAGGUAUAUCGCCAUAGUGCACUGCAGAAAGUCCUCUUACAUUCGAGUUGGGAGGCAUGCAUUGAUCGGGGUGCUGGUCAUAUGGGUGCUCUCUUUCGCCAUGGCCACACCAGUUGCCUACUACCAGGGUAUCGUGGAAAGUGAGGACAACAGCACGUUUUGCUGGGAAGUUUGGCCAGAUCACAGCAGGAGGAAAAUCUAUGUGGUGUGCACCUUCGUCUUUGGAUACGUGCUACCGUUGAUUCUGAUAUCUUUCUGUUAUGCCAAGGUCCUGAAUCAUUUGCAUAAAAAGUUAAGAAAUGUCUCCAAAAAGUCUGAGGCAUCAAAAAAGAAGACUGCUCAGACAAUUCUGGUGGUUGUGGUGGUCUUUUGCCUGUCCUGGCUGCCUCAUCACGUGGUGCACCUGUGGGUCGAGUUUGGCUCCUUCCCCCUGAACCAGGCAUCCUUUGUGCUCCGUGUGGCAGCUCAUUGUCUGGCCUACAGCAACUCAUCUGUUAAUCCUGUUAUCUAUGCGUUCCUCUCAGAGAACUUCAGGCAGGCGUAUAAGCAGGUGUUCCGUUGUCAGGUGGCUUCUGAGUGCCCUACAAAUGAGACCAGAGAGAUGAAGAGCAAGAUAGAGCCAGCACCGUCCACCAACUGCACCACUGUGUAAUUUCUGCAGCUGUUAUGCUUGUCAUAAUUUAUGAUGGUUUACAAAUGCUUAGAAAUUGCUUAAAGUCUGUGUAAAGUCAAUUCUGAGAAUUGUUUCUAAACACAUUUGUUAGAAAUGCAUUGCGGAAAUAUGUUACAAAAACUGUGAACUAUGUAGUACUUAAAUGUGGAGUUAAACAGUUAAACAGGUUUUCACCAUUUUCGUGUAUGGGAUUUUUUGCGCGAGGCUAAAAUCAUGACUCCAUGUCAUAAGCAUGGCCCUUCCCCUAACACUAUGAUGUGUGUUCGACUUGAAGCAGCACUGCACAGAUCGAUUGGUGUGUGACAUCAAAGUUAAGAGCAAUAUAGAGUGCAGACGGCUCCUCAUGCUUUUGAAUCGCUCUCGUGUCAUACAAUGAUCGUUCUGCACAACCCUGCUUCAAGUCGAACACACCUAAUAACUACAGGGCAGAGGUUUGCCCGCUCAAUUGCGAGUUACUGCUGUUCAUUACUACAGCCUAGAGGUUGCUAGCUGGCUAUGCCUUCGUCACGUCAAUGCAUAAUACCUGGUUGCAAUAAUUUACAAAACAGCUCUU